CCGGCUCCAUGGUGCUGCCGAGUGAGUCAUUUCCAAACCGAAUGUCUCAGUCGCAGCCUUCCCCCCGGGAGACACAAUAAUUCUGAAACCGGGGGUGAAGGGAAAGAGAGUUUUUCCCUCCCCUCUUUUGCUAAAUAGAUUGAAUUAACACGUAGCCGCUGCAGGAGAAGACAAAAGCCGUGAGCAGCGGGCUGCCUGUUAGAAGAAGUGAAGCAUAGCUCCAUCCUUUUCUCCCUUCCCUCGGGCCUCUCCCUGGUGGUGAUGCCACCCGCAUUUUCCUGAGAAGCACUGGGAGCCUCUGUGCCCAGGGCUGUCCGUUUUCGUGGACGAAAUCUACUUUCCGUUCCUUCGGCUGUCAAACCCGUCCCCGUCCCCUUUGCCGCGGGAUGUCAGCUGCAGCCAAGGGUCCUGCCAGCAGUGACCCCAGCCGACGCCGCUCCUGGCUGUCCGUGCUGAAAGAAUAGUCCAAAGCAGGGCUAUUUUUUUCUGCCUUUUCCAGUCAUAUGAUGAUUUGUUCAUGUAAGCAGGCUGUCUCGAGCAGAGGGACUUUUUGUUUGUCAGCAACAAGUGCUGAACGUAUUUAUAGGCGAUGCUGCAAUUCUGUGGUAUGAGAGGUUUCAGUUAUGCAGAACUCGAAGGUACCUGGAUCAGAGUGCAAGAGCUGUUUACAUCUUUCAUACAGUGCUGUGUGUGCAUGCAUAUUUGAAGUAUACACCCAUAGCUCUUAUUUCACGGUGAGGCAGCAUGUCCUAGAUACAGAAGCUGAUGCUUAGGCUAUGUAGUUUUGAUUUGUUUUGUUUUUCUGAAACAGAAGCUACAGUCCAAUUGUGCAGUAGUUCCUAAUGGUAGACACAGACCAUGGGAGACAAGACGCUGCGCUGUCCUGAUAAACCGGCUUUCCUUAAACUCGGAAGCCACCUAGCUAGGGGUAAAGUCCUGUCCUCUGACCCCUGUGAACAACUUUGUGAGUGCUUUGGCAACAAAAAAUGACCUAGAGCUGAAAAUAUGUACAGUAAGAUAUACCAGCUAUUUUGCAGCCAUGUGAAAGAUGUUAGGUUCGAGAAUACGAUCUGUGGCAGUAACCCAAAUCUAAUGCCAUUGCUGUGCUGGUAAGUAGAGAACUGUGAUGCAAAAGCACUUUGCUUUCUUUUUUUGCUCAUUACAUUCUUUUAUUAAUGCUAUUUAUGUGUCUCACAGCCAGGAGAGACCACCAUGAUUGACUGACUUGUCACACAGGGUGCAGAGCGCUCAGGGAUUCCCUCAGCAGGUCUGCGACUUUUUGUUCAGCUGUAACGUGCAGGAGAUUCAUCACCUUAAAAGUGCAACCAAAUUACUAAACUGAAGGAUGUAAAUACAAUUAUUUUGUGUUCCAAAACACAAGAAAAAGCAGACUUAACAGCCCAUGUAAAUGAAAAUUUCACAGUAAUCCAAGACAAGUUGCAGGCUGAGUCCUUGGAUUUGACGACUUGAUGCCAGUGAGAUUCACACUUGGACCUUCAAGAGGAGAGACUUUCUGACAGCCCUGCUCCACUCCACCUGACCCUAUGACUGGGGGGUUCACCAUAGCUCCAUCCUUUGCUCUCCAGUUCCACAAGAUGGGUUCUUUCAGAAGGCCACGGCCUCGCUUCAUGAGCUCCCCAGUCCUCAGUGACCUGCCACGUUUCCAGGCAGCCCGGCAGGCUCUGCAGCUCAGCUCCAACUCGGCGUGGAACAGCGUUCAAACAGCAGUGAUAAAUGUGUUCAAAGGGGGAGGCUUGCAGAACAAUGAACUUUACACCCUCAAUGAAAAUAUCAGACGACUGCUGAAGAGUGAACUGGGAUCCUUCAUCACUGAUUACUUUCAGAACCAGCUCCUUGCGAAAGGCUUGCUGUUUAUAGAGGAGAAGGUUAAGCUGUGUGAAGGUGAGGAUCGCAUUGAUAUCCUGUCUGAAAUUUGGGAUCACUACUUUACAGAGACUCUUCCAACACUCCAGGCAAUAUUCUACCCUGUCCAGGGUCAGGAGUUGACUAUCCGUCAGAUUGCUCUUCUUGGCUUCAGAGACUUGGUGUUGCUAAAAGUGAAGUUGGAAGAAAUUCUUCCUCUGGUCCAGACAAAGCUCCCAGCUUCCAUUGUCCAGAUGCUGUUGAUUCUGCAGAGUGUCCAUGAGCCCACUGGCCCUAGUGAGGGCUACCUACAGCUGGAAGAACUGGUCAAGCAGGUGGUGUCACCGUACUUGGGUUUGUGUGAGGAUCACAGCUUCUCUGGUGGCACCUGCUUGCUUGAGAGACGGUACUCCAGAUCCCGUCCUAAGGCUGGUGCACUGAAUUAUUCGUCUCACCUGGUGACGAGUCGGCAGCCCAGCGAGAUGGCCCUGACGCCGCUGACAGAGCAGGAGGGGGAGGCUUAUCUGGAGAAAUGUGGCAGCAUCCGGCGCCACACCGUUGCCAACGCUCACUCGGAUAUUCAGCUCCUGGCGAUGGCCUCCAUGAUGCACACAGGGAUGGUGAUCGAGGAGUCAGACAGUAACGACAAAUGCCUCCUCCUGCAGCCCAGCUUCAGCCACAGGCAGUGCUCCAGCGAGCCCAGUAUUGCUGACGGGCCAGAGGGAGUCAUGGCCGCAGGUAGGCAGGACUCUGCAGAGCUGAACUGCACGUCGGUCAGCUAGAAGAAGCCUUGCUGAGGAGAGGAGAACUGUAUGCACUAAGCUGGACAAACUGUCUUGUCAUCCGCGCUGGGAAAAGAGGAAAACUCAUGUUUUGCUCCAGUCAUUGAAAUGGCCUUGUGGGACCUAAUGUCUCUUUGGGAAUGCUAGAUUUGUUUUUCUUUCCUGUUCGUGAUCGUUGUUGAUAGAGGUACCAGCCUGCUCCCGAACGAGCACUGAGGGCUGCAAAGUUGAACAUUGCAGUCUACUUUAUAUAAGCUUUCGUUCUGUACCAGCCCAAACCUUCUGGUCUCAGGUUUCCUUCUGUUUCCUUGGUAUGAUAUAAAUUAGCCUCUUUCUGCUUUUCUCUGUCUUUCCCGGUUUCAUGCUACUUGUUUGCUCUUUGCUCCUGCAGUAUAAAGCCCUGUGCUGAAUGUUCUGGCUGCUUCUGGCACUGGAGUGGGAAUGGCUGAGGACUGCAUUUUUUUCUUUUUAAGUUGAACUCAGGGGUGAAACCACUUGUCUUGCAGAAAGGUCUGCUCAGGUGGCUUGUGAGAGAUCCUUUGGAUCCUUUGCUUGCCUCCCAUGGGUGUGGGUUUCAAGUCCAAAUCUGAAGAAACCAGAUUUUUUCCCCCCGUACCUGAACAGAAGUGAAUAUACGUGGCAUCUCAGACAAGCACUUCAAGUGUACUUUAUUUAGUUCCAGUAAUGGUGGUGUAAAUUGGGUGCAGAGGAGGGAGGUGUAAAUUAGGGACAAAAUGCAGUCCUGAGCAUCCUGGCACUUGGCAUUAAUUUUCUCUCAAAAUUUUGGCAGUGGUAGGGCUGCAAUGAAAGGAGAAACCUAAGUGGAUCCCUCCAGAAAGGCAAUGCUCAGCAGUGUCUGUGCUUCUGUUGUGAGAGAGAACUGAAGGUUCUCCAGGCUGGGCCAUCCCCAUUCCAGCCCAGGAGGUGACAUACAGGAUUUCAUCCUUGGGCUGCGCUGGGUACUCCCUGCACGUGCAGAUUUCGUGAGACCAAAGACAACCAGCUGGGUGCAGGAAGGAGCCUGUCUCUGUAGUACAUUCGUGAAGUGCUUCUGACCUCCAGUGGUAUCUGGUUCAGUGCAGCGUUUCUCUUAAGGUAAAGCAAGGGCUGUUUGCAGCCUUUGUUUCUGUUUUUAUUCUGAAGAUCAGGAGUGGGUCCAGCUUGCCAGUGUCUUUGUGUGCCAGGCGCUGCAGCCCGCAGUGCUUGCGUUGUAGCCCCACUCGGCACUCAAACGCUGCUUCUAUGGGAACAGACCCGAUCUGUUCGAGCAGUCCCCUGGGAUGCUCUGCUGAUGUCUUGCUAAGCAGAUUUGCAAGUGUAAUUACAGGCUUAGAGGUGAACUGAAAUGCUGCCUUAAAUGUCAAAUCCCAUUAAAAAAUAUGGGUAUAACACCACUGCCACUAGAAUCCAGUCCCUGUGGUACUGACUGCAAAUAAAUCUAUCCUGACAAGGAAACAGAAGGUUAGGAUGAGAGCCUUCAGGACGUUUCUUUUUCGCACGCUAUGACAUCAGUUAGAGUUUGCCCUGCUGCUGUUGGGCAUUAAGCACCCUUUGCUGCACUGAGAGUACAGCUCAGACCUGUCAGGAACUGGCCUUAGGAGCACAUGCAGCAAAACACAAGCAGAUUAUUUUGUAACAAAGCAUCUGAAAUAGCAAAGCAUUGCUGAGCAUCAGCUCACGCUGAUAAAUAAGGGUGUUGCUUUGCUUCCUGUGGUUUGCAAGCCUUGAAAUACUUGAAGAGGCUUCCAUUUUCUUGCAGUCACCUACGGCACCCUCGCUACUGGCCUUUGUGGAAAUGCAGCGCUCUGAUCGCCAGCUGUGCCUACGUGCUGAAGGACAGAGAUUUAGCCGAGCUGCCUGCCUGCUAGGAGGAGCACACACAGUCUGGGGGGCAGGAAGACAUGGCUGUAAGCAGUCUUUCCUUUAGGGGGAUUCUAGGUGAAACUGCCUUCCUAUUCCUAAAUUGGACUGAUCAGGCCAACUUACUUGAUGCUGUCUGCCCCAGGAUGGCUGUGGGUUGUGGUGGAACUGCAGAAUGCCCGUGGUGGCAGCCAAGCCCAGCAGACCAUGCUGGUCUCACCUUGCAUGGUCCUUCCAGCACGGGGCAGGUGGUGGCAUCCUGCUCAAAAGGAAUUUAUUUGGCUACUUGCAGCCUUCUCUGAGCUGUGGUGGGGCACGUGGGGCAGUGGUAUCCUCGCAGCAUUUCAGUUCAUUCUUACAAAUGCUUGUCUUCUCUUUUCUUCUCCUCUCACUCCCCUUCUGUAAAUACCCAAACCAUUUGGAUAAGUGAGCAGCGCCCUCUUUUAUGAUGAAAAUAAGAAUGAUUUAUUUAUUUCCUGACAUACUCUUGGAUCAUCUCUAGGGCUAAUAGGAAUCCAGUCCUGGUUUUAACUUGAAUUUCUUUUAUUUUACAUGUAUGUAUAAUUUGAGUUAUUUUGAUUUUGUACCUGUUAUUUUGCAAAAAUUUGCACCGAGCCACUCUGAAUCGUGCACUUCCCCAGUUGUUUUGAUUUUUAGGGAAAAUUAAAGCUGGUGGCUUUCCUUUGUAAAUUGAAGUAA